AUGGAUGUAGAUAAUGAAGAAUGGGCAUAUUAUAUGGAGCAAGAGGAGUCAGGCGUUGAAGAAGAAGAAAAAGUCUCUUAUUUUAAAAAUAGAAAUGACUUUUACUUUUUUGAAGAUGGUUUAUUUUUAUGGGGAAAAGAUAAUGAUGAUGAUGAUGAUGAUGAAAUGUUAGAACAGGAACAAGAUAGUGAUUCUAAUUCAUUUGAAGGAGUUAGUGUUCCAACGAAUACAAUAUUUGUCACAACAGAUUUUGAAAUAUUGGCGUAUUAUUGUCCAAAUUUGAAUGAGUUGCAAUUUAAUGAUUAUCAGUAUUGGUAUUCUCUGAACGAACUAGAUCUUUCCUUAUACUGGAAGCAACUUCACAAGAUUCCUACCAUACACAACAAUGCUGUAUGUAGAUCUGUCUUUCAGCAACUUAAAGACCGUUUAACCUCUUUAGAAUUUUUUUUUAAUUUUCAACCCUUUUUUUAUCAACAGCUACCAUUACUAAAGGAGUGCACCUUGUACGGUAACAACUAUAUUCAUCUAAAUCUAUUAGAAAGGUUACAUCAAUCUGCUCCCUUUCUUGAGUCACUUUAUUGUAAAGUAGACAUACGUCAAUCAAACAAAAUAAUGACUACAAGCAGACAAAAUUUAAAGCUAUUAUGUUGCUAUAUUUAUGACCCCAAAUCAGUUUGGUUUUCACUUAUUCAAGAUAACUAUUAUGAUGUCUAUAUUCUCAAGUUGACUAUAACACACGAAUAUAUGAACAAGGAUAAGUACUCUAAAGUUAUCCCCUUACCAUUAGCAAGAGCAACACAACACAUAAGUCAACUUUUUGAUUUAAUGAGGCUCACUCGCAUCCGCUGUAUAGAUGUUGUCUUUAGUGGCUAUUAUAUUGAGCUUGAGUUUAUCAGAUCCUUGACAUAUAACUUUAUCAAUAAUUAUAACAUAAUUCGACAUUAUGAGUUCUGUCCCGUCGAGAUACAUUUUAUGUAUUCAAAUAAUGUACAGCCUGAGUAUAUGCCGGGUGGGAGUUAUGCUACGGACACAAGCUUUGUCCGUUAUGCACAUUAUAGUCAAAUUAAACAAUCUCCUCAGCGUAUCCAUCAUCGAUUUGAUUUCCAUGUUGUUAUGAAAAACAAACGAAGGCGUUUACUAGAUGAAGGAUGUGCUUCCUUUAUUAAUGCAAUCGUCAAGCCAGUUAAUUUACGAACCCAAUAUCUAACGAUCAAACGCGUUGCUACUGUAGAAGAACAAGAAGUAACUCAUUUUAAUUACUAUAAUAAUAAUAAUAAUAAUAAUAGCAGUAUUGAUUUAAUCUACUUGGAUUGCCUACUCAAACAUUUUCCAAGCCUUAUUGAAUUGUCAAUCGUAUUCUGUCAAGAAGAAACAAGUCUUUUAAAAUGCUUGAUAUCAUCAAGAAAGACCCAUCAUAAUUCAAUCCGUGUUUUAAAUAUAGAAAAUGUCAAAUUGGAUCGAAAUGUAUAUGAGUUUUUAUACAACUAUUGUCCUAAUUUAUCUAGGUUGGAUCUUAAAAAUUGCAAAACUGAACAAAACUAA